GGGCAGCGAGGCGGGCGGGCGUCUGGCUGACCACUGGCCGGUCAUCGUGACGGCGGCGCUCGCACGCGUGCUCGGUGCUCCACGACCGCGAUCUCUCUUUGGAGAGGGAAUGUGAACUCGUCACUCGGAGUUUACGUCGCGUCACAACUCCGCCACUAACCAUCGCAGCACCGUGUUUGUCAAUCGCUGCACGAUUUUCCCGCCAAAUAUUACGCGGUUAUUUUUUUUCGUUCUUAAAUUAAAUUCGAAUCAGAAAAAUAAAAGUUUAUCCUGUCUCUGUGAUGCGUUUUUCUGUCGUGAUUCUUAUUUUUAUAUUUGUGUUUUUACCAAAAUCAACAAAAGGGAUUCGAUGGCUAGCGCUGCACGAAAGCGUUGGCAACUGGUCGGAGAGCGACUGUAGCGAGGCGCGUCGUAGCGGCUGGUUGUACGGGGUGCAGGCGCGUGUGUGCCGCCGGCAGCCGGCCGCCAUGCCGCAUGUCGCCGCUGCUGCACGACUCGCUCGAGCGGCGUGUCUCGCAGCACACGCUGGCGAGAGAUGGAACUGCUCCUCCAUUGAACUGGCUCCCAAGUACACCCCUGAUUUACUUACAGGAACUAGGGAGCAAGCUUACGUGUACGCGAUGUCUGCUGCGGCUCUGUCAUGGUCGGUAGCGAGGGCGUGUGCUGCGGGCGCUCUGGCCGCCUGCUCGUGUGCGGCGCCGCCCCGAGCACCACCGCGACCUCCCAGACAAGCCGCUCCCACGGAACCCCAUGCUAGAUUCAAGUGGGGAGGAUGCGGAGAUAAUUUUCAGUGGGCCGAAAGAUUCGCGAAACAAUUUUUGGACGCUCACGAAAUUGAUGUCAGAGACGGAAGAGUAGAAGAGGAGACAGCGGAGCUGGAACCGACCACGGAACGAACGACUACGACUAGCACAGAACCGACAACAGCUCCUCCGGUGGUGAUCCUCGUGGAUGACCAGCCGGCGGCGGGUAACACCAGUGUGGCUCCCAGGAGAAAGGGACGGCGAGGAAGGAAACGACUGCCUCGCUCGCCGAGACGAGGACGGCCCACCAGAAAAAGGUUCAGAUCUAGAUACGACUACGAGGAGGAUAAGGAAAUACAAUACCGAAACAUCGAAUAUCGCAUGGCGGCGGACGACCCGCGGUUCGACCCGCAAGUGGACCUGAACACUCGACUCCAGUACUUACGACCUCUCAUCGCCUCGGCAAAUCUCAUCAACAACCGCUUCGGCAGAAAGGUGGUGUCACAAGGGAUGCGUACAAAGUGCACGUGUCACGGUGUGUCUGGUUCGUGUUCAGUCCGCACCUGUUGGCGCUCCUUGUCGUCUUUGUCUCGCGCCGCGGCCGCCUUGUCGCAGCAGUCCGCCCGCGCUUCCGUGCUUCCCGCACAUUCGUCUCCCCGCCGCGCUCACCGGCCUCGGCGCGCGGCUCGUCUCAGAUACGUCACCCCCAGCCCGGACUACUGCGAGCCAGACCCGGCCGCCGGCUCGCUUGGGACGCAUGGAAGACGGUGUAACGCUACCCUGGGGGCGAGCGCGGGCGGGUGUGGUCGCCUGUGCUGCGGUCGCGGUAGACGCGCGCUGCGCUCGUCGCGACUGGAGCGCUGCCGUUGCCGCUACCACUGGUGCUGCCGUGUGGACUGUCAGCUGUGCCGCGUCACCACCGAAGACCACUACUGCAACUGAAACUUUAUAAACCAACCCAAUCUAGAUAUUUCUUUCGUAGCUUCUGAGAUUAUAAUAAAAAUGUAAUUCACUGAAGAGUU